AUAGCCAGCGGCGAUGUCACUAUUUGUGUACAAGACUAAUAAAGUUAUUUUAGACACUUUAUACUGAUAAAGUUUUGUUGACAGGGGAACCGCUCUGUUUCACUUCCUGGUUCGCGGUGUCACCUUGGUCCGGGUGUCAGGCAAGAUGGCGGCUUUGGUGAAAGUGGGCGCCCUAUGCAGGGCGAGCAGAGCUUUUCCCUUUAGUAAAUCUAUGCUGAUAAGACCUGCAGUGUUUUUGCCACAAGACAGAAGUUCAUUACAAGCAUUCCCAGCCCAGGUGUCCCAAAAUCGUCAAGCCUCCUCCAAAGCUGCCUCCCUCCACUGGACAGCUGAAAGAGCGUUGAGUGUGGUUCUUCUAGGCCUUGUACCUGCAGCUUAUAUGUUUCCUGGAGGGGCUAUGGACUAUUCACUGGCUGCAACCUUAAUCCUUCACGGACAUUGGGGUCUUGGGCAGGUGGUGACUGACUACGUUCAUGGAGAUGCAAAGAUUAAGCUGGCUAACACAGGACUGCUGGCCAUCUCAUCCUUAACAUUUGCUGGUCUUUGCUAUUUCAACUACCAUGAUGUGGGCAUCUGCAAAGCGGUUGCAAUGCUGUGGAGCCUAUGAUGGCUCUGCACAUGAAUGUAUAUGAGCACUAGUAUUUUAAGCCUUCAAGGGCGGCAGCAAUAAUAAUAACUUAGAAGAUGGCUGAAGAUAGGAAUAUCCGCUGCCUAUAGUACAGUACAUGCCGUCCAGUUUGGUUUGUACCACUGUACUGUUCUCUGAAGAAAACGCCAAAUGCUGAUUCAUUAAAGUGCUUGAUACAGCCAUUUGCUAUAUUGGAUAUUUUAGUAUGUUAAAUACAUAAACUACACGUUACAAUAUCCUGAGAGACACAGACUAUCUUUAAUCAUUGGGGAUGAGCUAAUCUACAAUCCAUUCUUGCUUACAUUUUGGGUUAAAGUGUUUAUUGUUCCUGAUUUUGUGGUCUCUUUGCUAAAACUUUAAUUCUUCAUCUGCCCGGCUAAUCAAUAUCACUUCAUGUCUUCCACAUAGUGAAGGCAUCCUUGUCUGGUUCGGUAGCUAAACCACAAUUGUUAUCUCCUUUUUUUCAUUAACAAAAACUGUUAAAAUAAAUGAAGAUCGAGUUAUCUCACAAUAACGUUUGUUUAAUGCUUGAAUUAAAGAUAAUACAAACACAA